AUGCACCACGCCUCCCCCUCCUCCUCCGCCGCGGCGCGCCCCGGGGCAGAGGAGUUCCUCGUGGAUAUCGUCAGCGACGAGGAGAUGGCGCUCAUCGAUGCCGCGCUCGCCGCCGCCGCGGCGGGGGCACGCCCCCUCCUCUCCGCAGCGGCCCGCCGCGCCGCCGUCCCGCUCUCCUGCGCGGCGUACCCGCCCGCCGCCGGCGACAUCGAGGACACGCCUCUGCCGCGGAGGUCUCGGCUCGCUCGGUUCCGGGAGCGCCGCGCGCUCGCCGUCACCGAUAUCACCGCCACGGAAUGGUGCGAGAAGCAGAUGGAGUUCGUGCUCGAACGGGGCAAGCCGGAAAAGACCGUGGCCAUGAAGGUCGGUUCGGACCGCCAUGCCCAGCUCGAGCAAGAGGUUGUUGAGAGAGUGGACGUCGCCAUUAGAUCUGCGGAAGAACUAUGGGCAGUAAAAUUCAUGAACUUCAUCGUGGGAACAAACCAGCUAAUGUUCGAGGGCAUAACACGGGAAAUUCCAGUGAUUGGGGUUGUCGAAGGUUCAUGGAUGAUAGGAAUUAUAGAUGAAAUCCAAAUGCCCACGGUUGGCAUGUCAUUGCAACCCAUGCUGGUGGAUACAAAGACACGUUCCACGCGAACAGCUCCAUCAGAAGCACAAAAAAGAAAUGGAAGGCUUCAACUGAUGUGUUACAAGUAUCUAUGGGACAAUUUGACCACAGAGAAAUUCCCAGCAGAGAAUUUCUUCAGCUAUUUUGACCUGGACCCCAACUACUUGUUAUCAGAUGAUGUCAAGGGGUACAUUAGCUCAUUGGGAUUCGAUGCAAAGACCUUUGAAGAUGUAUUGAAAUAUUUCAAGGUUACCUGCCAUACACUACCACGGUCUCAAGAACAGCUGCUCUUGAGAUAUGAACUACAGGAAGACCAUUCCCUGCUCGAAGAAUACCGAUUCACUUAUGAUGCUAGGUGGUUCAAGGAUCAAAUCCAGGAAGUCCUCAGCUUCUGGAUAGGAUCACGCGAACCUAAAUUUGUAGCCGAAGAGGAGAGGUGGAAGUGCCGUUUCUGCAAAUUUGUGUCAGAUUGCCCAAUGAUUGCUUCCGUGCCAAGGUGUCGAUGCUAA